ACUCAAGACAAGCAGAAGGAUAUCCUCAACUGGGUCGAUCCCAAGGACAAGUCUGGAGAGUUCAAGAGACAACAGUCCGUCUUCCGUGACUUCAUCAAGAACGAGCCUGGUGCAGAGUUCNNCCCUGCCGAAAAAGGCAGAUACCAUCUCUAUGUAUCAUAUGCAUGCCCCUGGGCACACCGUGCUCUGAUCGUCCGCAAACUCAAGGGCCUCGAGGACAUCAUCUCUUACACUUCUGUCCACUGGGAGAUGCUCGAGAAGGGUUGGCGAUUUGCUAAACCUGAUGAAGACGUUCCUGGCGCCAACACCACACCCGAUCCUCUGCACGAGGGCUACACUCAUCUGCGUGACAUUUACUUCGAGAAUAACAAGGACUAUGAAGGCCGCUUCACUGUACCUACUCUCUACGACAAGAAGCAAAAGCGCAUUGUCAACAAUGAGAGUAGCGAAAUCAUCAGAAUGAUGUACCACACCUUUGACGAUCUGCUUCCCGAGAAGUUCAAGAACGUAGAUCUUCUCCCCUCGGACCUCGAGAAGCAAAUCGAGGAGACAAACGAGUGGACUUACAAUGAUAUCAACAACGGUGUUUACAAGUCAGGCUUUGCAACAACUCAAGAAGCUUACGAGAAGAACGUCAAGACUUUGUUCAAGUCACUUGAUCGUGCAGAGGAGGAUCUUGCCAAAUCUGGCGGUCCCUUCUAUUUGGGCGACAAGUUGACCGAACUCGAUGUGCGUCUCUAUACAACCAUCAUCCGAUUCGAUGCUGUCUACGUUCAGCACUUCAAGUGCAACAUUCGCGACAUCCGCAGUGGCUACCCCAACCUACACAAGUACNNAUGGAUGCGUAACCUGUACUGGAACGACGACGCCUUCAAGAGCACCACCGAGUUUACUCACAUCAAGUGCCAUUACACAAAGUCACACAAGCAAAUCAACCCUUUCUCGAUCACACCAGUCGGUCCAGUGCCCGAUAUCCUGCCUCUCGAUCAGGAUGUCCCCGCCGCUGCUGCUGCCAUCCGUACGACGAACAAGUAG